AUAUAAAUAGCUGAUAAUACUAAUUGCUACGAGUUUACCGGCAAAAAUACGCGAUUAAGAUCUGUCCAUGGCCAACGGAGAGCCCCGGUCUUUGGAGUACACACCAACAUGGGUUGUGACCGUCGUCUGCUUUAUUAUUGUUCUCAUAUCUUUCGGGGCUGAGCGUGGUCUUCGUAAACUCGGAAAGUUUUUCAAGCACAAGGAGCAAAAGUCAUUGUUUAAGGCCUUACAGGAGGUCAAGGGAGAAUUGAUGCUUCUGGGGUUUAUUUCCUUACUCUUGACGGUGUUUCAAGGUCCAAUAAGCCGUAUAUGCAUUCCUCCUCAUGCUGCAAACAUCAUGCUCCCAUGCAAGCUUAAAACUGAGGCUUCCUCUGGUGGUUCUGAGCAUCUUGACAUCAUAAAACAUGGGAGGAGGCUUUUGGCUGAAGAUGUGAGCUUGGAAACUUGUGCACGUCAGGGAAAACUCCCACUGUUGUCACUGGAAGCAUUGCAUCAGCUGCACAUUUUCAUAUUUGUGUUGGCUGUGGUUCAUGUGAUCUUCUGUGCUACCAUCGUGCUCCUAGGAAGAGCAAAGAUAAAGCAGUGGAAACCCUGGGAGGAUUCAAUUAGAAGCGAGAUGCAAAAACCACAUGAUAGAGCUUAUGAAAUUUUUGUCCACCGAAUAUUCGAGGAGAGGGCAGGGAGACAAUGGGAAAAGUCUACUGUUGUGAGUUGGAUGGUAUCGUUCUUCAGACAGUUUCAUGGCUCAGUUACCAAGUCAGACUACAUUGUCUUGCGAGAAGGAUUUAUACGGGCUCAUUGUCCCUCCGUGCCUCACUUCGAUUUUCACGCUUACAUGUUGCGGACCCUCGAACAUGACUUCAAGAAAAUAGUUCGCAUAAGAUGGUACUUGUGGGUCUUUGCUAUGAUCUUUUUGUUGAUGGAUUUGGCAGGGUGGCACUCAUACUUCUGGCUAUCAUUCUUGCCUUUAGUACUAUUACUUCUUGUGGGUGCUAAAUUAGAGCACAUAAUUACUGAAUUAGCUAAGGGGGCUGCAGAACAAAGGAAUGGAGAAGCUGAAGCACCACCGGUGACUCCUUCUGAUGAACUAUUUUGGUUUCAUAGCCCGACUCUUUUUCUAUACUUGAUUCACUUCAUACUAUUUCAAAAUUCAUUCGGGAUUGCUUUUCUUUUUUGGGUUUGGACCACAUAUGGGUUCAAAUCAUGCAUUAUGGAAGAAUUGGGAUUUAUUAUCCCAAGACUCACUAUAGGGUAA